AUGGGUGACUCGUCCAAUGCUUCCGGUCGGGACCGCGCCGUUGAGCUUGACUCCAAUGACACUCUCAGACAUACUCGUGACGAGUUCAAUAUCCCAUCAAAAGCUGACGUAGCGCGCAAGACUCUCCUCUCACAUGACACCACAGGUGCCGACGAUAAAGCUAUCUAUCUCGUGGGCAAUUCAUUAGGUCUCCAACCCAAGCGCACAGUAGAACGCAUCCAACAAUACCUCACGACAUGGCGCACGCAGGGUGUUCAGGGCCACUUCAAGCCCCUUGACGACUCCCCUUUGCCAACUUGGCUAGAUGUCGAUGCUCACGCGGCCGAAAUGAUUGCUCCCAUUGUGGGUGGCAAGGUCAGCGAAGUGGCUGUCAUGCAGACUCUCACAGCGAAUCUACACUUUUUGAUGGCAGCGUUCUACAAGCCCGAUACAAAGGGACGGCAUAAGAUUAUCCUGGAGAGCAAGGCGUUCCCAAGUGACCAUUAUGCUGUCGAGACGCAGAUACGCCAUCACGGACUACGCCCAGAAGACUCGAUGAUCACCCUCGAACCUCCCAAUAACGAGGAUAUCCUUCCUACCGAAUACAUCGAGUCCGUUAUCGAUACACACGCUUCCACGACUGCCGUGCUCCUCCUUCCUGGUAUCCAAUACUACUCGGGCCAGCUCCUCGAUAUCCCACGCUUGACUGCCUUCGCUCGCAAGCGUGGCAUAUUUGUUAUCUGGGACCUCGCUCACGCGGUAGGCAAUGUGCCUCUGUCGCUGCACGACUGGGAUGUGGACGCUGCGGCUUGGUGCACUUACAAAUAUCUUAACGGUGGACCAGGCUGCAUUGGUGGCCUGUUUGUCCACGAGCGACACGCACAGGUCGGGGAUGAUGGAUCACAUAAUGUGCGACUUGCUGGAUGGUGGGGAAACGAUAAGAAUAAUCGCUUUGCCAUGCGACCCGGUUUUGUCCCCGUUCCCGGCGCAGCAGGAUUCCAGCUCAGCAACCCAUCCGUCCUUGACAUAACCUCUCUCUGCGCAUCUCUAGAGAUAUUCCAGCUUGCUGGCGGAAUGACUCCCAUACGCGCCAAGAGCACGAAAUUAACAGCAUAUCUUGUCUCAGAACUGCAGAAGUUACCAGAGGACAUGAGCGCCUACUGGCAGAUCAUCACACCUGGCGAGGCAGAACGCCGCGGGGCGCAGGUGAGUAUCCUUCUGGCCGACGGGCUGCUGGACGAGGUUAUGGCAGGUCUAGAGAGGAGAGGUGUUUUGGUUGAUGAGCGUAGACCGAACGUGAUUAGAGUUGCGCCUGCACCACUAUAUAACACAUACUUGGACUGCUGGGAGUUUGUAGGUGCAUUCAGGAAAGCCAUGGAGGAGGCCCUGGAUGCCAAGUGGAAAAAGGAACAGAUGGACGAAUAG